AGAAGCACCUGGUGCUGCUGCGGGACGGUCGGACGCUCAUCGGGUACCUGCGUUCUCUCACUGCUGCAGCAAACUUGGUGUUGCACCAGACUGUGGAGCGCAUCCAUGUGGGCAAGAAGUAUGGGGACAUCCCUCGGGGCAUCUUUGUCGUGAGGGGCGAGAAUGUGGUUCUUCUGGGGGAAAUUGACCUGGAGAAGGAGAGUGACACACCUCUGCAGCAGGUAUCCAUCGAGGAGAUCCUGGAGGAGCAGCGAGUGGAGCAGCAGGCCAAGCAGGAGUCGGAGAAGCUGAAGGUGCAGGCGCUGAAGGAGCGAGGUCUCUCAGUCCCACGGGCAGACACACUGGAUGAAUACUAGAGCUGCUGCCCUUUUCUUGCAUGGAGUGAGAGCUGCUCCAUGAUCUGCCUGUGCAGGGACAGACCUCCCUGGAAAGGUGGCUUUUAUUUUGAGAUUGUAUUUUCCAUGGUGCAGGUAACUGCACACAAAUCAUGCCUUUAGGCUCUCCUUGCAGAGAAGGAGAGGAGGAGGCCUGGUGCACUGGGAGUGGGAGCAUUUGUGCUCAGGAGGCAAAUCGCUGCUCCUUGGGGUUUGUUUGCUUUUCCUCCUCACGUGACUCUGGGUGAGAGUUUUCCUUGAUGUGUAAAUAAAUCCUCGAUCCUGA